AUGGCAGUCAGUGCACCCAAGAUCAAGCUCAAUAACGGUGCCGAAAUUCCAGUAAUCGGCCUCGGCACUUGGAAGUCGCAGCCAGAAGAAGUCAUCGAGGCUGUCAGGUACGCACUUGCUGAGGGAGGAUACAGACACAUCGAUUGUGCAGCGGGUUAUGGAAAUGAAAAGGAGGUCGGAGAGGGCAUUCGGAGGUCUGGAAUUCCUAGAUCCGAGAUAUUCUUGACGAGCAAGCUGUGGAGUACAUAUCACUCACGCGUCGAAGAGGCGUUAGACAAGACUCUCGCAGACCUCGGGGUUGAUUACCUUGACUUGUACCUCAUGCAUUGGCCAGUACCCUUGAAUCCGAAAGGAAACCAUCCUCAAUUCCCGACGCUUCCUGAUGGCACGCGCGAUAUUGACUAUUCGUGGUCGAUAGCUGAUACAUGGAAGCAGAUGGAAGAGAUGGUCAAGAAAGGCAAAGUGAAGUCAAUUGGUGUAUCGAACUUUUCGCAGAAGAAACUUGAGGAAAUCUUACCCACGGCAACAAUCACCCCCGCAGUGGACCAGCUUGAAAUUCAUCUAUAUAAUCCGCAACACAAUCUACUUUCAUACCUGAGAUCCAAAGGUAUCCGACCACAAGCAUAUUCCCCUCUCGGAUCAACUGGAUCUCCUCUUCUAUCUGAUGAACUCGUCAAUGAACUUGCGAGGAAAUAUGAUACGCAACCAGCGCAUAUUCUUCUUGCUUACCUAGUAAAGAAAGACAUUGUUGUCUUAGUCAAAUCCGUCACCCCAGCACGCAUCGCUUCUAACCUAUCCGGCACACUUGCGGCGGUACCUAAACUUACUUCGGAAGAUGUGGAGAAGCUUGAUGGUGUUGCUGCUGCUGGGAAGCAGAAGAGAUUCGUGACGCCUCCGUGGGUUAUUGACCUCGGGUUUGAAAACUGGCCGUGA